CCCCACGGAAGAAAAAGUAAACGGAAGUAAGCUUUGAACAAGAACAAUCUUCACGUUAGCGUUUUUGUUAGAUUCAUUAACACAAUGAAACUCAAACUGUGACUCAUUUAACUGCACAGUAUCACAUACUUGUCCCAGGUAGUCUUUCAUUUGCGUUGGAGACAGGACUUGGUUUAUAGAUGUUAUCUAGGUAACGCAACCUAGCUUGUAACGUUAGCUGUUAACAAUGGCUAACUGUAUGGUUUUUCACACUCAAAUAGCCUCCAUCAUGGAGGUGCUAGCGAAUGCAGCCGUGGCAGAGAUCUGUAAACUCGUAGACGACGACUAUGCAGUGUUUCGUUUAGAAAUUUCUCAAAGCCAGAAAGAAAACAGGGGAUUGCGGAGGAAACUACAGUUAAUAGAUCUGAAGGUGGCACGGGAGCGCGCAGAGAGGACAACGCGAGAUCGCGUCCUCGCCAGUCGUCCCAGUAGUGUCAAGAUCCUCGACCGAUACAGAGGAAUGGCAAAAGGUGAAGGACAUCUCACUGGAGGUCACAGGAACUUUGUGAAGCCAGCAGGACACAAUACAUGGAGAGAUGACCAACCAAUCACUGUUGAUGAGGGGAGUGGAACCUCAACCCAGCAUGUUAUUGUGAUAGAGUCUGCAGAUGCAGAGGCUGCAGGUCCUGGAGUCAAGCAGGAGAGAUCUGAAGGAGAAGAGGACCCACGGCACAGCAGAGACAUUCAGACUGGAGCGGCUGAAUCGCCCCCUGUAGCUACAGAGAACCCCACCACCGCCCCAGCGCAGCCCAGGACCCAACGCAGCAUCACGGCGAUCAGUGGAACGCCGGAGGAGGGUCCAGAAGUGGUGCUGGUGAAGGAGGAGGGAUAUGAGGAGGGUCUGGGGAACCCUGAAGGGACCAUGGUCAUGGAGGACAACCAGUCUUCACCUCUUGACCCCACAGAGGAACCAUCUGAGCAGCACAGGACCACACACAGUCUCACUGAGUCAGUAGACAUGGAGGAUGGGAAGCCUGAUCUGCUGCUGGUCAAAGAGGAGACAAUAGAAGAUGGACCAGAGAACAUUGACCUGCUGAGUGGACUAAAGAUGGGGGAGCAAGGUGGAUGGCUGGAGACUAACAGAGCAGACUGGGUGGCCAUCUUGGAUUCCCAGACCGGUGCAGCCAAGGGCCCAGCGAACAACAUCACCGAGCAGGCCUGGACCAGAGGUGACAUAGUGGAGGUCAGGGGAUGGGACAGCAUCCUUAACUCUGGGCUGGGGAACAACGCUGUUAACCACAAUCAGAAACAGUUAGUCGAACACACAACGACAUCCGAACUUAGUCUCCAUGACAACAGACUGGCUGAGACCAGGGCGAGGCGUAGAUUUGGUCUGCGGGGACAGGAAAGUGAACAUAUGCGGAGGGAGAGUACAGACUUCGCUUACGAUGCUCCGUCCUGCUCCUAUAAUUGUGAUUCAGAAAGACUGAUGGCGCCUCAGGUUAACCCUCUAACAGGUGCUGCCUUCAGUCUGUCUUCUAUAGGAUCUGUCAACUGUAACAUGGACCCUGCGAUAACACAAACACUCCCUGGCCUUCGUCCUCCUCACAGUCUCCUAAUGUUAAACCAGACCUCAGACAAUGCCAGUGCCUCAACACUAAAUGGAUACACAAGCCCAUUGACAAAUGACAGUAGUGAAGACGGAAUCAGUAAAGGUGGCAGUGCCAAAGAGAAGCGCUUCCUGUGUUCAUUCUGUGGGAAAGCCUUCAGUUUUCCCCAACAGGUGGAGAUCCACCAGAGGGUUCACACGGGGGAGAAACAAUUUGGCUGCCACCUGUGUCGGGCGAGUUUCUCUCACUCCUUCAGCCUGAAGAGGCACCUGAGAGUCCACACAGGGGUGAAACCCUUCAGCUGUACCCAGUGUCACAUGCGCUUCGCCCAGGCUGGUCACCUGAAGAGGCACCAGAGGGUCCACACAGGGGAGAAACCCUACAGCUGCACGCAGUGUGAGAAGAGGUUCUCCCGCCAGGACCAGCUGAAGAUGCACGUGAAGGUCCACACGGGAGAGAGGCCAUUCGCCAGUACGCACUGCGGGAAGAGGUUAUCAGAGAGGAGCUACCUCAGGAUGCACCAGCAGAAAAAACAUUCCACUCUUUAACAUAAAAAGUAACCAUUCCCAUGCAUAGCUUCUGACAUUUAGAUCAAACCCGGCAUUAAAGACAAAUAUACAUUUUCAUCGUUGUCAGCUGAAAAUACCCACAGAUGCACAGAUGACCAAUAGAUUUCAGUCUUGAAUAUUCCUGGAUAGAAUAUUUCAUUCAAACAUAUAAGGCAUAUAUCUACACUACCUUUCAAAAGUUUGGGGUCACUUAGAAAUGUCCUUGUUUUUGAUAGAAAAGCAAAAAAAAAGAUUGUCCAUUUAAAAUAACAUCAUAUUGGUCAGAAAUACAGUGUAGACAUUGUUAAUGUUGUAAAUGACUAUUGUAGAUAGAAACGGCAGAUUUCUUUUUAAUGGAAUAUCUACAUAGGCGUACAGAGGCCCAUUAUCAGAAACCAUCUCUCAGCAGUCUCAACGUCAACAGUGAAGCUGAUAAAAGUAUUUUACAAGGCAAACAAGAAAAUGUAUUAUCUGAACUUGAGCAGGAAUACGAUCUUUUACUUUUGAAGAGAGCCUACAAUGACAGGUUAAACCCAAAUAAAGCAUACUACUUAAUGGCAAAUAAAUCUGGUAACUAUCUCGCAGCUCUAACAAAAUGCUACAUUUAUAUUUUAAAAGAUACAAAUGUGGUAAUUAGAAACAACGCGAUCAAUGACCAUUUUAAAAGCUUAUAUGAAAAUGUAUAUAAAUCAGAAUUAAACAACAAUUGGAUGGAUCCGAUAGCCUUAGACUCAAGAACCCUGAAGCAAUUAUCAGCAGACAAAAAAGACAAGAAAACAGAUCACCCGAAAAAUAAAUAUUGGAUACUGUUAAAACAUGACUUUCCCAUUACAAUUAUAUUAAACAUUUUGGGGCAAAGUAGUGCACCUCUUUACACAAAUGACAACACUCGUCACUCAGUUCAGUACGACCUAGUUCCAUGUAUCAAACUGUUAUUUCAGUUAUAUUAAAACCAGGAAAAUCUGGGGAGUCCCAUGCUGAUUAUAGACCCACAAGUUUAAUAAAUUGUGACAAUACAAUAAUAGCAAAGCUUAUAAGCAUUAGCAUGGCAAAAGUCUUACCAGACUUGAUACAUAUCAAUCAACAGGGUUGAAAAAAAAAAUAGACACAAACAACUACAAGGACAUGUUUAAUACAAUACGCAAAAAAACGAGAAAGAUUUAUCAAUAAUGUCUGUUGACGCCGAAAAGGCUUUUGACCGUCUUAAAUGGUCUUUUCUAUUCAAAACUUUAGAAGCUUUCAAGUUUCCAGGAGAAAUAAUAUAUUUAAAUAAAUUAUAUCAAUAUCAUAAAUCAAAUAAUACAUUACCUGAUGAGAUUGCUUUAGAAAGGGGCACAAGACAGGGAUGUCCUCUCUCACCCCCCUCCUGUUGACAGAAUUAAACAGCAAUUUUGGACUGACCAAUGAGGAUAUAUUAAAAUACUGUACAUGCAACUAAAGUUACACAUCACAAAAUGUUGAUUUGAAAUCUUUUGGACAUCAGAGAGACAUUGAGGGAAUCUUAUUUAAGUCAGUAAAGGAUGUUCAUAUGAUAGAUAAGAUAUACAAAACCUUACAGAGAGCAUAUCCACCUGACAAUCUCUUACUAUUGGAACCAACACUUAAAAAGAACUGAUGUUGGCACAUGAUGGAGGGAAUGUUGGAGCAUAACUAAUGAAAUUACAGUUAACAAAUGUAUGCUUAAUCUGGUAUAAACCAACGGAUAGAAUUCAUUAUACAAGACACAAAAUUCACAAAUAACUCAAUAAUCCAUGCAUUCUGGGAAAGCUAUGAAGUCCAGAAGUUAUGGGCUGAGUUAGAAAAUUGGCUGUCAGAAGUAUUACAAUGUUCAUUUUAAUCUGUCUACAAAUGUCAAGACAUGUAAUAUGGGGGUGUAGUGAGAUACCCAAUGGGCUGGACGAUUCUCUUAUUUUGAAAAGAUAUAUACUAAAAUCCUGGAAAUCAAUCAAUCCACCAUCAUUACACAAUGGAACAAUCAAAUGAUUUAUUAUUGAAAUAGCAUGGGCGACCUAGAAAAACAAAUGGGUACAAUUUAAGGCCAAAGUAGCAAACAAUAAUGCAGGCACUAGGGAUGGGGGUGUGAGCAUGCGGAUCUGGACAGAUGAGCUGUAGUUGUUUUUUUGUGUGUGUCUGUAAAUUGUUGUUCAAAUGUGUAUGUUUGUAUUUAGUGUGGGGGAAAAACACAAAACAUACAGUGCCCUCACAGUAUUCACACCCCUUGACUUUAUCCACAUUUUGUGGAAGCAUGAAUUUAAAAUUGAUUACAUUGACAUGUUUUGUCACUGGCCUAGGCACAAUACCCCAUAAUGUUAUGUUUUUUUAAAUGUUACAAAAAAAAAUGUUUUUUUAAAGCUAAAAUGUCGUCAAUACGUAUUCACCUCCUUCGUUAUGGCAAGCCUAAAUAAGUAAAGGAGUAAAAAUGUGCUUAACAAGUCACAUAAUAUGUUACAUGGACUCACUCUGUGUGCAAUAAUACUGUUUAACAUGUUUUCUUUAUGACUGCCUCAUCUCUGUACCCCACACAUGCAGUUAUCUGUAAGUUCCCUCAAUCGAGCAGUGAAUUUCAAACACAGAUUCAACCAAAUAAAGACCGGGGAGGUUUUCCAAUGCCUCGCAAAGGGCACCUAUUUUACCCAUCUAUUGGUAGAUAGGUAAACAUAUUUUAAAAAGCUGACGUUAAAUAUCCCUUUGAGCAUGAUGAAGUUAUUAAUUAUACUUUUGAUGGUCUAUCAAUUCACCCAGUCAUUACAAAGAUACAGGCAUCCUUCCUAACUCAGUUGCCAGAGAAGAAGGAAGCCGCUCAGGGAUUUCACCAUGUGGCCAAUGGUGACUUUGAAACAGUCAAAGAGUUUAAUGGCUGUGAAACAAACUUGACAUGACUGUUCCUUUAGUGUCCAUGGACUGGUUGCACAUUCUCCAAAAUAUAAAUAUUGUUUAAUUCUCCAAUUUUGGGAAUGUAGGAGUUUUUGGCAUGUCUCUCUUUGUCCCAAAGUCACACAUUCCAAUCCCAAUACUGCAGAGCCCAGAGGCGCAGAGUAUUUUAUGACUGCCAUAACGUGGCCCCCGCCACCUCUCCCCUCUGCGGGAGAGGUCGCUGUAGAGCAGACCCACUUUGACCUUAUCCUUCAGAUCUUCAUAGGAUAGUUAUGACAACCAAAAAUGACAAGGCAAAACAGGUUCUUUAGACAUUUUAAAAAAAAUGAUAUCACAAUUACACAAGUAUUCAGACCCUUUGCUCAGUACUUUGUUGAAGCUCCUUUGGCAGCGAAUACAGCCUCGAGUCUUCUUGGAUAUGAUGCUACAAGCUUGGCACAUGGGAGUUUCUCCCAUUCUUCUCUGCAGAUCCUCUCAAGCUCUGUCAGGCUGUUUUCAGGUCUCCCCAUAGAUGUUCGAUCCGGUUCAUGUCCGGGCUCUGGCUGGGCCACUCAAGGACAUUUAGAGACUUGUGACGAAGCCAUUCCUGUGUUGUCUUGGCUGUGUGCUUAGGGUCGUUGUCCUGUUGGAAGGUGAACCUUUGCCCCAGUCUGAGGUCCUGAGCGCUCUGGAGAAGGCUUUCAUUAAGGAUCUCUCUGUACUUUGCUCCCUUCAUCUUUCCCUCAAUCCUGACUAGUCUCCCAAAAACAUCUCUAAAGCAUGAUGCUGCCACCACCAUGCUUCACCAUAGGGAUGGUGCCAGGUUUCCUCCUGACGUGAUGCUUGAUAUUCAGGCCAAAAAGUUCAAUCUUGGUUUCAUCAGACCAGAGAAUCUUAUUUCUCAUGGUCUGAGAGUCUUUAGGUGCCUUUUGGCAAAGUCCAAGCGGGCUGUCAGGUGCCUUUUAAUGAGGAGUGGCUUCCGUGCUGCCACUCUACCAUAAUGGCCUGAUUUGGUGGAGUGCUACAGAGAUGGAUGUCCUUCUUAAAGGUUCUCUCAUCUCCACGGAGGAACUCUCGAGCUCUGUCAGAGUUACCAUCGGGUUCUUGGGCACCUCCCUGACCAAGGCCCUUCUCCCCUGAUUGCUCGGUUUGGCUGGGCGGCCAGCUCUAGGAAGAGUCUUGGUGGUUCCAAACUUCUUCCAUUUAAAAAUGAUGUAGGCCACUGUGAUCUUGGGGACCUUCAAUGCUGCAGACAUUUUUUUGGUACCUUUCCCCAGAUCUGUACCUUGACACCAUCCUGUCUCGGAGCUCUACGGACAAUUCCUUCGACCUCAUGGCUUGGUUUUUGCUCUGACAUGAAUUGUUAACUGUGGGACCUUACAUAGACAGGUGUGUGCCUUCCCAAAUCAUAUCCAAUCAAUUGAAUUUAUUUACCACAGGUGGACUCCAGUCAAGUUCUAGAAACAUCUCAAGGAUGAUCAAUAGAAACAGGAUGCACCUGAGCUCAAUUUGAGUCUUAUAGCAAAUGGUCUGAAUACUUAUGUAAAAUAAGGUAUUGGAUUUUUUUUUUAAAUAAUUUGCUUAAAUGUGUGUAGAUUGCUCAGAAAAAAAAAAUAUAUUUAAUCUAUUUUAGAAAAAAAUAAGGCUAACAAAAUGUGGAAAAAGUCAAGGGUUCUGAAUACUUCCAUGUUUUAUUUUUCAUAUGUUUUUACAAAUGUUAGAACUUGUCUUCUACUUGACAUUACAGAGUAUUGUGUGUAGAUUGUUAAUUAUAUAUAUAUUUUUCACAAUUAAAUAAUUUUAUCCCACUUUGUAACACAACAAAAUGUGGAAAAAGUCAAGGGGUGUGAAUACUUCCUGAUGGAACUGUGUAUAUAUAGAAAAUGAUUGCAGUUUAUCAAGUUCAUGCAGAUUUUUAGUGUGGUUUUCAUAUGGUGUAUUUAACUUUUUUAUGUUUAAUAAACACAUAAUGGGACUUUU